AUGAAUCCCGAAGUUGGUUCAACUAGGAGUGUUCACACUCAAAAAACUAUGAAAACAAAUAUUUUGUCUGAUAGCGAGUUACUCGAUCUUUUAGAAAAUGAUAUGUUGUCAUCCGACGAAGAUUUUGGUUUUGAUUCUGAUGAUGAUAUUUUUGAUGCUGAAUUUAAUGAUAGUGACUCUGAGACAGAUACUAAUAGAUCAGAAAUAAAGAUAUUUUUUUCAUUACUUUUUCAUAUGGGUACAAUAAAACUUAGUAGAAUAGAAGAUUAUUGGAAGACAAGCGUUUUAUUCAACAUCCCAUUUUUCCGCAAGCACAUGAGUCGAAAUAGAUUCAUGUUGUUACUUAGGGCUUUACACUUUUCUCGAAACACUCAAGAAGGGGAACUAGCUCCUAGAAAUAGAUUAUAUAAAAUUCAGCCAAUUGUAGACUAUUUUAAUUCAAAAAUGAAUGAAAUCUAUGAGCCAUCAAAAAAUUUAUCGAUUGACGAAUCAAUGGUGUUAUGGCGUGGGCGACUGAUUUUUCGCCAAUAUAUUAAAAAUAAAAGGCACAAGUAUGGUGUAAAGAUGUACAUGCUAACUGAACCGUGGGGGCUUAUUCAUAGAAUUAUGGUGUAUUCUGGGCAAGGACAAGACGUAUCUGAAGAUUCCACUCAUACAGAGUUUGUGGUAGAAAAACUUAUGGAUGGUUUAUUGUACAAAGGUAGAUCAUUAUUCAUGGACAACUUUUAUAAUAGUGUGCAAUUAUCUAGGAAAUUAUUGUCUAAGAAAACAUACGUAAUAGGGACUUUACGGUCCAAUCGAAAAAAUAAUCCUAAAGAUGUCAUUGAAAAAAAACUAAAAAAAGGUGAAAGUAUAUGUAGAUAUACAAAUGAUGGUAUUUGUGUAGCAAAAUGGAGGGACAAACGAGACGUAUUAAUGAUAAGUUCAGAGUUUCCACAUGAAAUGAACGAAAUUACUACAAAAAAAAAGAAGUAA